AUGAGAACGUUAGAGGAGGUUCAAGCAACUCUCCAAAUCGCCAAAUUAAAGGAGGACGAUUUACAGCCAGUAACUCACUGCCUGUCAUUUGGAGACAACGUUUCAUCUGGGGAUUACUGUCUUAUGGAGCUGGACGAUACGCUAUGUAAACAAAUAGAAGCUGGCAAGAGCCUUGUGAUCAGAGGUGACAAAGAUGAGCACGCGAUUCUGUGUAGCGAGGACAGGACGUACGACCUGAAAAUAGCGGACACUUCCAACCUGCUGCUCUUUGUACCAGGAUGUAGGACACCGGAUCAGUUUACACCCACCACGACAGGCCCACAGUUAGUCCAAGCCCAGGUUUGGGGUUUUUCCAACAGUUACUGGGAGCUGAGGCACCAGCGGCCAAAGCUGAAGAAGCUAAAGAAACUCUUAAUGGAAAACCCAUACGACGGUCCCGCCCUCGGCACGCAGGAGGACGCGCCUGGACUGAGGUACACGCUGACAGACCUGCUGGAGAGGAUCCAGGCGAGUCGAGAGGAGAUGGAAGCCCACCUCAAGAAAAUUCAUGCGUGUGAAAUCGACGGAUACUGGAGAAUCCUGGAUCCUGAUUACGAGAUGAAGCUCCUGGGUCAUGUGACCCAGCUGGUGGACUCUGAAUCCUGGUCUUUCAGUAAAGUUCCGCUGGACGUCUGUCUACAGGAGCUGGGACCCCUGGAGCCAAAGGAAAUGAUUGAGCAUUGUCUAAACUGUUACGGGAGACGUUACACCUCUGAAGAGGGUGAGGUGUUUUUUGCGUUGGACGAAGAUAAGGUUUGUCGGGCCACUGCUCAGAUGCUGCUUCAGAACGCAGUGAAGUUUCACCUGGCUGAGUUUCAGCAGGUUUGGCAACAGAGUGUCCCUGAAGGCAUGAACACAAGAAUGGAUCAGCUCAGGGGGUUAGCUCUGGUUGACUGUAGCUCUAAGCCUGAGACGAUCUGUCUGCUGAGAGUGGAGGACCUCCCUGAGGAUACACUGGAGCGUUUUAAUGCCCUCUUCACCCUGAGGGAGAAAUGGACACAGGAUGAUAUCACACCCUACAUACAGGAUCUGUGUGGAGAAAAGCAAACAACUGGAGCACUUCUCACCAAACAUGCUCGUUCAUCCAUGCAAAACGGAGUUAAGGUCUACAAUUCAAGAAGGCCGGUGGCAACUUGA